AUGUCGAACAUGUCUGAACUGGUGACGGUGGAGCACGGGCGCGCCGUGCCACCCGUGCCCCAAAUACAGCUGGAGAUGCCCGAACCAUCGUCCUUCAACAUUUUCAAGACAAUGAUGAAAAAACAUCUCUAUGUUGCUCGGAAAAGGCGGAGGCUUCUGACCAGUUUGUGGCCCGCAGUGAUGUACUGUUUGGUCAGCAUCUUCUUAUUUCAUGUCUUCGCCAACAUCGAUGCCGGUGAUGUUCGCGCCUUGGCCCUGGCUCUGACGGUGCCGCUCUACAUGGUUCUCAGCGUGCAAGCUGCACUGCAGAAUGCCAUCGUCGAGCUGGUGACCGAAAAGGAAUCGAAAAUGAAGAUUGUGCAAGAGAUCUAUGGCUUGACACCGGUGAUGUACUUCAUCUCCUGGGCAGGCUACUUUUGCAUCGUCGCUUUGGUCUGUGUGACGGUGAUCUAUUUCCUUUUGGGCAUCAUCGAGCCAGUGAUGUCUAAGUCCAAUCCAGUCUUCGUGAUUGUCCUGCUGCUAGCGGCCUACAUUCAACAACUGGAGUUUGCCGUGAUCGUAUCAGUGUUGCUCAACCGGGUUCAGACAGCCUCAGCCUUUUCUGGCUUUAUCAACCUUGUGUUCCUUCUUAUCGCUGAGGCGAUGCAAGGAUGGCUUCGAGGCCUACCAAAACUGUUGUGGUAUGUGGCUAGCCUCUUGCCCACAGUGAACCUGUUUAAUGGAUUUGCCGUGCUUUUGUACAGCGAGGCCCUGUACUAUUGCGAUGCCUCUGGAUGUUACCAAGGCAUCUCAAGCAAGACGGCCUUUGUGAGUGAAUUUUGCAUUGCCCCCUACGAUGAAGAGCACCCAUGUGUGAAGGAAUUCCCCGUCUUCUCAGCUGGAGAAUCUUUUAUCAUGAUUCUCUUCAAUAUCAUCCUGUAUGGCUUUAUCGCUUGGUGGUUUGAGCAGGUGUGGCAGGGCGACUUCGGGCAAGCCAAACCCUGUCUCUUCUGCAUUGACCCAGCCUACAUGUGUCCCAGAAGGUCCAGAGCUAGGGAGCUGAACCUCAGCUUGGUCCAGGAAGAUGCUCGAAGUUCGGCCAUGAGUCUCCGAAACCUUCGCAAGGUCUUCAAGGGCGGCAAGGUGGCCGUGGACGGUAUCGACCUGGAGAUCCAGCAUGGAGAGAUUUUCGCACUGUUGGGCCACAAUGGAGCUGGCAAGACCACGUGCAUCAACUGCGUGGUGGGUUUGAUCCCCAUCACCAGUGGGGACGCCACGGUCAAUGGCCACGACGUGCACACCGAGCUGGAGGCCGUGCGACGGAACAUCAGCGUGUGUCCACAGGACAAUCCGCUCUAUGAUGUCUUCACCGUUCGUCAGCAUUUGAUGUUCUUUGCCAGCUUGCGUGGCGUGGGUGAGCAAAUGCAAGGCCCCAAAGUCAUUGAAGUCCUGACAGCUUUGGGUAUCCCGGAGAAGGUGGACGAUCUUUGCACCACCUUAUCCGGGGGUCAAAAGCGGCGACUUUGGGUGGCCACCGCUCUCUUGGGCGAGACGCCGCUGGUCUUCUUGGACGAGCCAACCAGUGGCAUGGACCCCUCCAGUCGACGACAGUUGUGGGAACUGCUGCUGAGGAUGAGGACCUCAGGCCGCUCCAUCAUUUUCACGACCCACUACCUGGAAGAAGCCGACGUCUUGGCGGAUCGCAAAGCGGUCUUGGCACGGGGUCGGGUGCAGGCGUGUGGCACGUCAAGAGACUUGAAGCUUCAAUUUGGCCUUGGCUACUUACUCCAGGUGCAGUUCAGGGAUGGUGCUGACGCCCAGAACUUCCAGGACGCCUCCAACGUGAUCCUGACGCACAUUCCCAGUGCCACCUUACGAACAGCAGAGGACUCCUCCGUCUCCUCUGGGUCGGCCACAACAGAUCGCAUUCUGGCAUUCACCCUUCCCUUCGAAGAGGUGCCCAAGUUCGGGCCCAUGCUGAUGGAGCUCGACCGCAGCAAGCAGGUUCGGUCUGCGGGUGUGGCUGCGCCGAGAGGAGCCAUGGACAAGACCAAGAAUGCCAUGAGCUGGAACCUGAGAUUCCGGAAGAGAGGUCCUGAGGAACAGCUGGAGGAUCUCCAACGACGUUUCACUUUGUUGGAGGGCGAGCGCAAGGCGACCUAUGAGACGGCAAAGCUGAACAUUCAGCAGAACAAGGAGAGCAUGGGCUCAGAGAUCAUCACACAGAUGAAGGAGGAGAACAAGAGCUUGAGGAAUCAAAUCGCUGUCCUGAGAGAUGAGAAGCCCUUGUCCUUGGAGAAGACCCUGGAGGAAACGAUGACUGUGGCCCCUUGGCACAGCCUUGGGGCGGCCCUGGAAUGUGGGCAGAUGGGAAAGCCUUAUCAAGCUACGGUCGCGGUGGCCGACGGUUUUGGCGACCGGGUCAUUCCGAUGGACGACGACGACUUCCCCGAUGACGACUUGUCAGAGACGCCCGAGUUCCCAUUGCCAGAGGGCGUCUCCAAGGAGAUUUUGACCGAGGCCAAGACGUCCGAAUGGAAAAAACCCAAGAUGGGAGACGAGGUCACCGUCCAGUACGUUGGACGCUUGGAGUUGGCCGGCGAAGUUCACGACUUGGACUCCAGCGACGGGACAGGAGGCUUCACGUAUACCUUGGGCCAGGGGGACCUGUGCAAAGGCUUGGAACAUGGACUUCCGACCAUGCGGAAGGGUGAGCGUGCGAAGUUCACGAUGACCGCUGCCUUUGGCCCCAAAGACUUGGCCGAAAAACAUGCAGACAAGGCAGACACUGCGGACCAGUUGCGGGUGAUUUAUGAGGUGGAGCUCAUCUCAUGGAAAGCUCGGACCGAUUUGUUUGCGGACGGAUCUGUCAUCAAGACCUGCGUGGAAGAAGGAUCUGGUUGGAAAAUGCCUCGGUUGAAAGAAGAGGUGUGCAUGUCCAUCCAGAUUGCCAGCUCGGAUGGAAGUCUGAAAGAACUCACCGACGUCGAGUACACGCUCGGAACCGAGCGAUCCAGAUCGCUGUUCGGAUCAGCGACUGCAGUGCUCGACGCGUGCUUGGUCGGAAUGAAGAAGCGUGAGGUGGCCCUGCUACACUGUAAAGAGCUGGAUUAUGGGGAAGGUGCCAGGGCAGAUGUCGAAGUGACCUUGACUUUGCACGAACUCUACGAGACGAAAGAUGUCUCCUUCGAGAAGAACCAAAGCUUGAUGAAGAAGCAAAUUGUGGAAGGACAGGGCUAUGAAACUCCUAAGGAUGGAAGCACAGUGCAUCUUGCUGUGGAAGCAGCCCUGAAUGAGAAGAAUGAGCCUUUUCCUGGUUACCAGAAAAAGACGCUGGAGUUUGUGUGUGGGGAUGGGCAAGUAGCUGAUGCUCUUGAAUUUGCCAUCAUGGAGAUGAAGAAGGGAGAGAAGGCGAUCUUGCACGUGAAAGAGCCGGAGGAGAUCGCCCGGCAGCUGGAACUAGAGGUGAACAGUGAGAUGUACCUCACUUUAGUCCUAGAGGACUUCGAGGCAUUACCUGCCUUGGGUUUGGAUGAGCAUGCUCCGAAGCUGGAACGUGCACAAGCUCGGAAAGAGCUGGGCACCAAGCACUUCAAGUCCAAUCGCUGGGCCCUGGCUGUUUUGCGUUACAAGAGUGUCACUGAUCUCCUUAGUUAUGUGGAUCACUUCCCUGAAGAACCUCAAGGGAAGGCAAAAGAGCUGAAGUUAAUCUGUGAGCUGAAUAAAGCUGCAUGUUACUUGAAGUUGCACCUUUUCCCGGAAGCAAAGACUGCAUGCAAAAAUGUGCUGCAAGAACAGCCUGGGAAUGUGAAGGCUCUCUUCCGUCGAGCGCAGGCGGAGAUGGGACUCAAAAAUUUCAGCGAGUGCAUCGCUGAUUGCAAGAAGGUCCUUCAGCUGGACCAGCAAAACCGGGAUGCAAAGAUCCUGUUAAGACAGGCCAUUGCUGACCAAAAGGAAGCAGAUAAGAAGUCCAAAGCGGUUUUUGCGAGCAUGUGCAAAGCCUUUGGGAAGGAUUCGACCAAUGAUGUGGUCCCUGAGCAGCCAAGACCGCAGGAGAAGCAGAUGAUUCAAGAGAGAAGAAACUGCGAUGAUCAGCAAGUUUUGGUAUGUGUAUUGCAGGAUUUUUGCCCCCUUGUUGCAAGACAUUGGCAAAGAACAGAGAGAGAGAGAGAGAAGGAGAAAAGAGUCAAACUGUAUAUACUUAGUGGGGAUGAAGGUAACGUAACCCUGGGAGCAUCCCCUGGUUUCAUAUACUGUAUGCAAAUAUCGUCAAAUACAUAUGUACACAAUACAAUACACCGAAAUUAUAGCGUUCUAGAUUAGAUAUUAGAUAUCCACCUUGGAGUGAGUGGGGCAGCCGGUUCGUUCAGCACCUUCCAGCUUAGGUGCCGCAAAGCAGGGCAUCCUCUCGACAGUGAUUCAAGGCGUCUCUCGUGCCAUGUUCUUUUUCCCGAACUUGGUCUUCUCGAACUUCAGCUAUUUCUUCGGAUAUGUCUGGCAGAGAUUGAGCGGGAAAUCCACGAAUGGGCCCAAGACCUGAGAGGUUGGUUGGCAAGUAUGAGUGACCGUUG